ACUCACUGCUGCUCUGACUGUGGGAAGAGAUUCACCUCAUCAGGCAUUAAAAUUCAUCAGAGAAUCCACACAGGAGAGAAACCUUACAGCUGUGAUCAAUGUGGGAAGAGUUUUACUACAUCUGGCUCUCUGACAGUGCACCAGAGAAUACACACAGGAGAGAAACCUUAUAGCUGUGGUCAAUGUGGGAAGAGGUUUACUCAGUCUACCAGCCUGAUAUCGCACCAGAGAAUACACACAGGAGAGAAACCUUUUAGCUGUGAUCAAUGUGGGAAGAGUUUUACUACAUCUGGCUCUCUGACUUUACACCAGAGAAUACACACAGGGGAGAAAUCUUAUAGCUGUGAUCAAUGUGGGAAAAGUUUUAUUCAAUCUAGUUAUCUGACAAUGCACCAGAGAAUACACACAGGAGAGAGACCUUACAGCUGUGGUCAAUGUGGGAAGAGUUUUUGUCAAUCUAGAGAUCUGACAGUGCACCAGAGAGCACACACAGGAGAGAAACCUUAUAGCUGUGGUCAAUGUGGGAAGAGUUUUAUUACAUCUAGCAUUCUGACUCGACACCAGAGAACACACACAGGAGAGAAACCUUAUAGCUGUGGUCAAUGUGGGAAGAGUUUUAUUACAUCUAGCAUUCUGACUCAACACCAGAGAACACACACAGGAGAGAAAUCUUAUAGCUGUGGUCAAUGUGGGAAGAGUUUUGUUCGAUCUGGCCAUCUGACAAUACACCAGAGAACACACACAGGAGAAAAACCUUAUAGCUGUGGUCAAUGUGGGAAGAGUUUUGUUCGAUCUGACUAUCUGACAUUACACCAGAGAACACACACAGGAGAGAAAUCUCAUAGCUGGAAGAGAAUUCACUGCUGCUCUGACUCUGGGAAGAGAUUCACCUCCUCAUCAGGCAUUAAAAUUCAUCAGGGAAUCCACACAGGAGAGAAACCUUACUGCUGUGAUCAAUGUGGGAAGAGUUUUGUUCAAUAUAGCCAUCUGAAGAUACACCAGAGAACACACACAGGAGAGAAACCUUUUAGCUGUACUCAAUGUGGUAAGAGUUUUAGUCAUUCAACCAGCCUGAUAUCACACCAGAGAACACACACAGGAGAGAAACCGUAUAGCUGUGAUCAAUGUGGGAAGAGUUUUACUCAGCUAAGCAUCCUGAUAUCACACCAGAGAACACACACAGGCGAGAAACCUUAUAGCUGUACUCAAUGUGGGAAGAGUUUUACUCAGCUAAGCAACCUGAUAUCACACCAGAGAACACACACAGGAGAGAAACCGUAUAGUUGUGAUGAAUGUGGGAAGAUUUUUACUACUUCUAGAAAUCUGACUCGACACCAGAGAAUUCACACAGGAGAGAAACCUUUUAGCUGUACUCAAUGUGGGAAGAGUUUUACUCAGCUAAGCAACCUGAUAUCACACCAGAGAACACACACAGGAGAGAAACCAUAUAGCUGUGAUCAAUGUGGGAAGAGUUUUACUCAGCUAAGCAACCUGAUAUCACACCAGAGAACACACACAGGAGAGAAACCCUAUAGCUGUAAUCAAUGUGGGAAGAGUUUUACUCAGUCAAACAGCCUGGUACAACACCAGAGAAUUCAUUGGUUUGGCAAGAGUCUUGAUUGGUCACAACAGGGACAUGUGAUCAAUGCUGAUAUUCUGCAUAGCAACGUGAUCGAUGCUGAUAUUCUGCAUAGCAACAGCGACGUGUGA